CGGAGCUGGAGUUUGUCCAGAUCCUCAUCAUCGUGGUGGUGAUGAUGGUGAUGGUGGUGGUGAUCACCUGUCUGCUGAGCCACUACAGACUGUCCGCGCGCUCCUUCAUCAGCCGGCACAGCCAGGGCAGGCGGAGAGAGGACGGGCUCUCGGAAGGAUGCCUCUGGCCCUCAGAGAGCACGGUGUCCAGCGGCGGAAUCCCAGAGCCGCAGGUCUACGCCCCUCCUCGGCCCUCGGACCGCCUGGCUGUGCCGCCCUUCGCCCAGCGGGACCGCUUCCACCGCUUCCAGCCCACCUACCCCUACCUGCAGCACGAGAUCGACCUGCCCCCCACCAUCUCGCUGUCUGACGGGGAGGAGCCCCCGCCCUACCAGGGCCCCUGCACCCUCCAGCUGCGGGACCCCGAGCAGCAGCUGGAGCUCAACCGAGAGUCGGUGCGCGCGCCCCCCAACAGAACCAUCUUCGACAGUGACCUGAUGGACAGCGCCAUGCUGGGCGGCCCCUGUCCCCCUAGCAGUAACUCGGGCAUCAGCGCCACGUGCUACGGCAGCGGCGGGCGCAUGGAGGGGCCACCCCCGACCUACAGCGAGGUCAUCGGUCACUACCCGGGGUCCUCCUACCAGCACCAGCAGAGCACCGGGCCGACCUCCCUGCUGGAGGGGACCCGGCUCCAGCACCCGCACCUCGCCCCGCUGGAGAGCAAAGAGGAUAAACAGAAAGGACACCCCCUCUAGGAGCCGGGGGCCAGGCCGGGGCAGCAUGGCUUAAGGCAAAACACUCGGCACUUCCUAAAGGAGAAGAGAGGAGGGCAGGGUGACACACCCCCUCCGUGUAUAAAUAUUUACAUGUUAUGUCUGGUCUGAAUGCACAAGCUCAGAAAGCUUGCAAAAACAAAACAAAACAAAACAAAAAAAAACACGUUUCUUUGUUGAGCUGUCUUGAAGGCAAAAGAGAAAAAAAAAAUUCUGCAGUAGUCUUUUGUUCCCAGUUGAGCUGCGUCGUGAAUGCUUAAUUUUCUUUUGUUUAUGAUGAUUUCACUUAACUUUAAAGACAUAUUUGCACAAAACCUUUGUUUAAAGAUCUGCAAUAUUAUAUAUAUAAAUAUAUAUAAAAUAAGAGAAACUGUAUGUGCGAGGGCAGGAGUAUUUUUGUAUUAGAAGAGGCCUAUUGAAAAAGUUGUUUUCUGAACUAGAAGAGGAAAAAAAAAUGGCAAUUUUUGAUGCCAACUCAGAAAGUGUGUAUUACCUUGUAAAGAAAAAAAAAACCUACAAAGCAGGGGCUUAGAGUUAUUUAUAUAAAUGUUGAGAUUUUGCACUAUUUUUUAAUAUAAAUAUGUCAGUGCUUGUUUGAUGGAAACUUCUAUCAUGUUUGUUGAGACUUGGAGGAAGACAGGUCAGAGCUUCAGAGUGGACCUCAGGCAGAGGGGUGCCCUGGGGUCUGGAGAGGCCCACCAGGGCUUCUGCAGCGCACAUGCUUCUGUCUCGAUAGGUUGUUGCCACAUUAUACAUUCCCUACCGAAGGGGACACAUUUCUUCCUUCUGGGCCAGAAUAGCCUUUGGAUGGCAGGCGAAUCAGGAAAGUUCCCCCGCAGGCGCCAGGUUCCAGCUGGUGGAUUUUGCCUUUCCCAAAAUGAAAAUAAACUGCUAACGAAGGAAUUUUAGUUUUUCUUCCUCUUUUUUAAACUGCAAAGGUCCCAUGGGAAGGGCAGGGUGCUGCUGGCAAGCUGGGGCUGCCCUCUGUGCGUGCUGCUAGGGAUGCUCUCGAGGGGCCCUACCCGGCUUGCUCCUGCAGAGUGCUUUGGUGAUUCAGCUGGCCCCAGCGUUUGCAGGCCAAGGUCAGUGCCAAGGUCAGUGCAGCGCACUGACUCCUAGGAAAGGCCUCAAGCGUGGCAUUUGGCGUCCUCCCCAUGGGCUCUGAUUCACGUAUCAAUUUUGACCUAAGGGGCCAAUAAACAGACCACCUGAGGUGACAGGUGACAGCCAGGUGUCUCCCUGGCAUAUAAAAGGGUUAAAUUGGGAUGAUGGUCAGACCAACAGAAAGCCUGCUCCAGGCUUUAGAACUCCUUACCUCCCUCCCCACGUUUGCAUUCCCUUCCCCAUGGAAACGGCCACUGCUGAUGGCUAUCUGUGUCCUCGCCUGCAUCUUUCUCUGGUCAGCUUUGUCCAGCAAGUCUCCUUACUGCGCAGACUGGGACUGGCUGGACCCUUGAUGAGGAGUAGGAUUGGGCACAGGUGAAUAGAGGUGACAGGAGACCAGAGGGGCCCUCGGGGUCCAGCAGGGGCUGUGGCUGGAGCUCGGGGUCUUCUCACAGUGGACCUGCUACACAGGAGGGACCCCGACCCCUGUGGAUAGGGCAGGCUCCCACACUGCCAUCCCCUCUGGGCCUGGGAGAUGUCCCCUCGUUCGGGGCAAAUGCUACCCAGUCAACUGACCUAAGAGAAGGAUCUAGGAGGCGUGGGACAUAAGCCACUUUGUACCUGAAAACUGCUCAGAAGUUCUGACCGCUGGGCCUCUGUUUCGAGGGGUAUUUUAAGAAUGUGAUGACCCCAGAACCCGGGCCCGAGCUUUCCGCAGAAAGUCCCCCAUACCUCAGUAGCAGAACCUGCCCCUGUGGGGCCUUGAAGAGGAUUCUUCUCGAGGUGGUGCGGAGAAGUCAGUAUAGCUUGCCCUGAAAGGUCCAGGGACCCACAGAUGUUCCAGCGAAACCUUCCUUGAUGGGAAGCGUCUCUGGUGCCUUAGUAAGGAAGCAAUCACCCUCUCGUCCCCUGGCGGGACGUUCCUGGACAGUGCCUCACUCCCCGGGACUGGCAUCCUCUCCCUUGGUUCACAAAGGGCUCCCCGUCACCCUCUGGCGUCUCCACCCCUCUGUCCUGGACAGGCCCACUUGGCGAGGCACCGGCCUCCUAUCCCUGUGGUCUUCAUGGUCCAGGACUGUGCGUAACUCCCAUCUGGGUCAGAAACCUAGAAAAGUGGGCUUCAUUUGUACAUGUGUCCUUAGCCACAGCCGGGGGAACCGCCCUGCUGUCCCUCUUGGGACAGGCUGUGUGAAUCUUGUUGCUUCGUGGGGUGGCCUGUGCUGUAGUGAAGAGGGAGUGGGAGUGCGUGGCUUUGACCUCAGCUGGCCUGAGGGCAGGGCCCACCCCACCCCUCUGGUUCCAACCAGUGUAGAAGUCCAGGGUCCCUGGCCUUCAUGCCCAUGGAUGACUGUUGCCGAACUUCAAGGAGAAGGGGGUUGGCAGGGCAGUGAACACCCAGAAACCCGAUGGGGGGUGUCCAUCUGGAAACCAGUGCUGGAGAAGCUCCCCGCUUCCCCGCGGGUCCCCGCAGCUCUGGGCACACUCUGCUCGCGGUGUUGGUGGUCACCUCAUUGUCUUUGAAGCACCCCUAGGAGACCACCCUUUUCCGUGGGAGGUUAGGUGGGGUCCUGGGAAUGGCUGGUUUGAGGGGGACCAGUUGGUUUUGGGGUGCUGCUUCCUUCACACACACACCCCCGUGCCCAUGGGCGACCCCGAUGUUUCCUUCAGAGAAACACUUUCUUCUCUGCAGAGCCGGGGUCUGUGCAUGGACCCCCAGAGUGCACCAGGAGCCCCCAUCUUUUCAAAAGCCCGAUGUUUUUUGCAAAGAGUAAGCGACCCCUUUCCCCCUCAUGUAGCAAAAACCAGGGCAGGCCAGAACCGGGUCCGUCCCCUGUCCUAUCCGCUGUCCCCGUGAAUUGUACGUUUCAGAUAAUUUUUUCCCCGUGUGCAACACAGCUUCCAGAACCUCAAAACGUCCGAUGAUAUGGAAGGAAAUGUGUCUGUUUUGUUUUGUUGCUUUGUUUUUUCCGGAAGCUGUGCUGGGAACCUCGCUGGGCCCUGGAGCUCAGAGGCCACGCGACUUCCCGCCGCCCGUCUGCCCGCCAUGCUUGCACGUUGCCUUCUGCCGUUGACCGCUUCCUUUGCAGCCGUUUUCCGCGUUCUGUUAAGUGAAACUCCUGUAAGCUCUCCUUGCACGCCGGGUGCAGCCCGAGUGGCUGCUGCCUAAGACUCUGAAUCUGGGCGCCCAUCCACAGGCCUGGAGAAGCUGCUUGUUGUGUAUCAGUGAUCAUUAGUGGCAAUGAUGACACUCUGAAAGCUGCAAUACUUAGACAAUAAAUUUUACAGUUCUUUGGAA